UCUAAGGUCCCAGCAUCCCCUUCGCGCCUCCGCCAAGAUGGCAGCGCCCAUGUUGCGGCGCGUUUCCCGCGGCCGGUGGCUUGGUACCCCAGGCCGGUCAGGAGUCUUGCCACUAGGGCUCCGUAAGGCCCACUCGGGCGCUCAGGGGUUGCUGGCGGUGCAGAAGGCUCGGGGUCUAUUCAAGGAAUUCUUCCCUGAAAGGGGUACAAAGACAGAGCUCCCAGAGCUCUUCGACCGUGGCUUGGCGGGCACCGUUCCUCAGACCAUCUAUUGCGGUUUCGACCCCACAGCUGACUCGCUUCAUGUGGGGCAUCUGCUGGCGCUUUUGGGCCUGUUUCAUUUCCAGCGAGCCGGCCACAAUGUGAUUGCGCUGGUGGGAGGUGCCACGGCGCGCCUGGGAGACCCCAGCGGCCGCACCAAGGAGCGGGAGGCGCUGGACGCCGAGCGCGUGCAAAGCAACGCGCUCGCCUUGCGCCAGGGACUACAAGCCCUGGCGGCUAAUCACCAGCAGCUUUUCACUAACGGGCGAAGCUGGGGCAGCUUCACGGUGCUGGAUAACUCGGCCUGGUACCAGAAGCAGCACCUAGUGGACUUCCUGGCGACCGUGGGCGGCCACUUUCGCAUGGGCACGCUGCUUAGCCGGCUGAGCGUGCAAAGCCGGCUCAAGAGCCCCGAAGGCAUGAGUUUGGCCGAGUUUUUAUACCAGGUGCUCCAAGCCUACGAUUUCUACUAUCUGUUCCAGCAUUAUGGAUGCCGGGUCCAGCUGGGUGGAGCUGAUCAGCUGGGCAAUAUCAUGUCCGGUUACGAGUUCAUCCACAAGGUGACUGGAGAAGAUGUAUUUGGCAUCUCUGUUCCUCUGAUUACAAGUACAACUGGAGCAAAACUGGGAAAGUCUGCUGGCAAUGCUGUUUGGCUAAACAGAGAGAAGACAUCUCCGUUUGAAUUGUAUCAAUUUUUUGUCAGACUGCAAGAUAAUUUGGUAGAAAGGUACCUGAAGCUCUUCACUUUUCUACCCCUUCCAGAGAUUGACCACAUAAUGCAACUGCAUGUCAAAGAGCCAGAAAAGCGGGGUCCCCAGAAACGACUUGCUGCAGAAGUAACAAAGCUUGUUCAUGGACGAGAAGGGCUAGACUCUGCUAAAAGGUGUACACAAGCCCUUUAUCAUAGCAGCAUAGACGCACUGGAGGUCAUGUCUGAUCAAGAGUUAAAAGAGUUGUUUAAAGAAGCUUCGUUUUCUGAAUUAGUACUUGAUCCUGGAACAAGCGUCCUAGAUACGUGCCGCAAAGCAAAUGCCAUUCCAGAUGGCCCCCGAGGGUAUCGGAUGAUAACAGAAGGUGGAGUCAGUAUUAAUCACAGACAAGUAACAAAUCCUGAGAGUGUUUUAGUUGUUGGACAACAUAUUCUUAAGAAUGGACUUUCAUUACUUAAAAUAGGAAAAAGGAAUUUCUACAUUAUAAAAUGGCUUCAGCUAUGAUGAAAAAUCCUUCUGGUGGUUCAAACUUAUCCAUCAUUCAUUCUCAAGACCUACAUAUCUAUACCUUCACUUAUGCAAAUCAAAAGCAGAGAAUGGAGUAUACUCUGGGCCUCUCACAGUGUGAGUAAUUUCAUUAUUUAUAUAGGUUAUGUUUGUGUAACAAUGGGGUAUUUUAUUUCCUCAUCUUUAAACUUCAACAACUACCACAGAAAAACAUGAUUUACGGGGUUAAUCUCUUUUAAUAAUUAUACUUCAUGAAAAACUAAAUGCUGUCUGUCCUAUCCUACCCUUCUUGCUCUCUUGGAAAUGUGGAGGAACAGUGCUCGCUUCGGCAGCACAUAUACUAAAAUUGGAACGAUACAGGGAAAUGUGGAGGAACAGUGAAAAAGACGUAGUAUAAGGAAUUGUGGAUACUUUACAAUCAGGUGUAUAUCUCACUGGAUUUUGUUGUUGUUGAGGAAGCAACUACAGUUCUCCAUAAAAGAGAAAAGUUAGAGGAAGCUACAGUUGGCAUUUAAAAAUUACAGUAGAAAUAAUUUCAAAGCGAAGAAUCAAUACUUUUCAUUGUUUCUAAUUUAAUUUUCCAGUCCCUUGCCUGUUUCCACAUAAUUUAGUUUACCCAUAGCCUUGUUUUUUGUACUCAGUGAAAAAGGUAGCAAUGUCCUAUAAAUUUAUCAACUUUUAUAUUAAAUUUCAACUUCUGUCCAGCAGAUUGCAACUUGAGAUGAACCAAAAAGUUAAGUAACCAACAAGAUAAAAUAGAGAUGAAUACACUAAAUAUCCAGUCAUAUGGGAGUAUCAACAGGUUUUCUUGUAAAGGAAGUUUUUAGGUCAAAUUUCAGGUCAAAAUUUAUAAUGUGAUUAUAUUCUAAACGCAUUUUAGAAGAUUUGGAAUCAAGACUUGGUUAAAUUAAUCUCUGUAUUAGGCAGAGAACUCCAGAUUCUCCAGAACUUAUUUCUAACAUCUAAAAAAUCAAGGUAAUAGCACCCCUAUUUCCCAUGACAAUCAAGUGAAAAACAAACAUAUACACAGUCAGAUUUGUUCUAGAAAAUCUUAUCGGCAGCAAAGCACAGCUUUAGAGUUCAAACUCUAGCUUUUUGCUACCUGGGUUACUUAGAGCAAUUCAUUAUCUUCAUGCAAAAUGGAGAUAUAAUAAUGCCUCAGUCAGUUACUAAAAUCUAAAAGGAAAAAGGUCAUAAAACUUUCAUACAGCAUAAGCUGUCUUGCUAUGUUUCAAAGUAGAUUUAUUUGUUGAAAAUAUAUGGUUUAUCUAAACCUUCUUCUGGGAAUAAAGUCAGGAAAAAUUAAUUUACUGACAAACUCUAAUGUCACUUCAUACCAGCAAUUUUAUUUACAUAGUAAGAACAUACAAGUAUCCAUUAUAAAUGUCAGAGAUCAUUUCUACAUUUCAGAACUUCACUCAGUUUGAGGGACAACAAAAGGAGAUUUUCUCUUUUCAUACCUAUUUUGCCUUUGUUUUUCUUAUACAUGGUGUGUAGUACUAGCAAGUGCAUUACCAUAGCAGGUAAUGUUUUCAGUCUGAAAUUUGCUGGAGAAAGGUGCAUUAUAAGUCCCCCGCCCCUUACAAAUUAAAAAAGCUAGAAUAGAAUGGUAGUCAUCUGGUCUGAAAUAAAUAAAUCAUGGAUGGCUAUAAUUUCAGAACUGAUGUUUAAUGAUGGUAGAGUAAUUUUAAAGUGUUCUGACAAACUUUUGGAAGCAUGUAUUCUAUGAAGAUGGUUCUGCCAACAGAUUCAAAGUAGUACCAUAUCAAUAUUAGUCUGACUCUGGUUCGAGAUCAGUUGCUGAGCCUGUUGCUUAGUAAAUGGGUGCCAUUAAUUAAAGGUAACAGACAUAUUCAUAUUGUUCCUGCCAGUAGUCCUGCAUAAAUGUCACAACUUAAAAAUACAUUUUAAUAUCUGCAAUAUAUAAUUUAUCUUAAAAUUUAUAAUGUAAUUCAUGUAAGAAUCACCUGGGGAAUUUUAGUAAAAUGUGUUUAUAUUCUAAACUUUACUCUUAACCCCCUGAAAGCCUUUAGGAGUUAUGUGUGUGUUUGGAUGUUUUUCUUUACAUAAUAAAGCUCCACUGUUUUAUA